AUGCCCGUGCUCAUAGUGGUCUGGCUUGCCGGUCUACGUUACGGUGCUUCAGCUUCAUCUGCAUCCAUCGGGACCGUUCCUUCAAGCUUCCUAAAUAGCUGGUCCACGGCGCCUAGAUACAUGAAUGGUGCCAACCUAGUCUACGACUACGGAGGAGUAGUCAAUUUCCUCUCGCUCAUCGCUACCGAAUUCGUAACCCGCGGGCUGCAGGCUUUGCAGUGUUCUACCAACCAUCGAACGCUUAUUGUGGAAGCGGGUUCGGUCGCAGCGAAGAAUUGCCCCACAGCCCCAAUAUACUCCUACAUACGAGUAUUCUUGUAUGGAAGAGGAUCCCGCCAUCCGCCUUCACCACAAGAGAAAUAUCACUCAAACGGAGUCAGCUUGAAGACUAUCCGGAUAGCCGAAUUGAGUGGUGUCUAUAAACACGGCUGGCGUGCUGAUCGACCGCAUAGGCUGCAUGUCAUCUCCCUUGUUGAUCGAUGGGGAAUGGAAUCUGCUACAGUUUCCUGA